GCAGCGACGCCGUCCGCCCUGCGUCGAUUUAACGUUCAACAUAACAUUUCUACAUCAUUGUUUUUAUCAAACAUAAAUUUACACUGUCUUAUUAUUAAAUAUAAAAAAACAUGCUGCCAAAUAAAUUGAGGAGUGAGUGACAUUAAGGAAACAGCUCUCCAUUAGAGAACAAGCAAGGCCAUCUACAAUUUACUGUUGAAACAGUGCCAAAUAAACCAAGGACAUAAAUAACUGGUACAAAAUGGCAAUAAUAGCGAAUAACUAUAUAAAACCAACAAACAGAAUUUAUAAAAUGUACACUGUGCCAACACUUUUAUUAAUGAUAUUCGCUGGAGAGUCUUGCUGCGAGGUAAUACUAAAUUCCACGGCUGAAAUGAAAGGCGUAUCUAGUUUGCCUGUGCUUGCAACUACAGAGUUUAGCCACUCAACAAAGUCUAGCGUAAAACCGUUACCGGCUACAGUGCCUCUUAGUACUGGUGCUCCUAUGACAAAGGAGAGCUUUAAAACAACUAAAGCGUACAUUACAACAGAGCGCUCGACCACUACUCGCAAAGCAAAAACGCAAGCGAGUACAAAAGGUUUAUUGAAAUUUGCAAGAAGGCGAAAGCUAAACUCUACUUCUAGUACACUUGGUGCAGUACAUUCACCAGCACACUUACAAGAUCGUCUAGGGGCCAUAGAUUGUGAGCUGCCAGUUUUGCCGAGAGAAUCUCGAUUAUGGCGUGGUAAUGAGACCCAUGAGCUCAAUUUGCCUGUUACGAUGUCGGAGGAGUGUGCGGGCACGUUUCGAAGAGAGGGCGAGGAGUGCCCCCCGGUCAUCAUGUCAUGGGAGGGGGUUGCUGAUAUUCAAAGUGGAGAUAUCCUUAUCGUGCGCAUCGCAGAUUCUUCCCCGCUAGACACCUUUGUUAGCGUUGUCUCUACUAACGAAACUAUUGACACGAACUCUUCACAUGCUGAUGAGGACAGGUCACAUCAUACAAUUCCCCAACCGGCUGUUUACCAAGUGACACGGCAAGGACAUGAACACUGUGACGUAUCUGAUGGGAUGUUGCUUGAUAUAACGCCAUUAGAUGAAAAUGGAGCAAAAAUAUUUACUCUCUACGACAAGGAUCUUACUGAAGGCGUUAAUUUAUUAAUUGUUGUAUCCGAGAGUUGGGGGUCACAAUGCGUCCGACUGAAGGUAACUGUGAAAUCAGAUAAUUGCGGCGACUCCCAAGACUGUACCGGGAAAGGCGUCUGCUAUACAAACGUAUCUAUGGAAGGUUACGAGUGCCAGUGUUGCCGAGGGUACGUCGGGCCGCACUGCGAGGAUAGGGACGCGUGCAAUCCAUCACCUUGCUUGAAUAAUGGCAUAUGUGUUGACCUCUCGCAACCUCUCAACGGUGCUAACUACCACUGUCUAUGUCCAUACGGGUUCACAGGAAGGAAAUGUGAGAAAGACCCGUGUUAUUCUGAACCAUGUAUCAAUGGGGGGUCAUGUAUGAGCAUGGCGAUGAAUGGUUCAACAACAUUUCAUUGCGCUUGCGCUGAAGGAUGGACAGGUUCGCAUUGUGAACUAGCUGUUACUGGAGGCGCCUGUGCUGGCAAGCCGUGCGUCAAGGGAAUAUGCGUUGAACAAACGGAUAAUGAGGUGGAGGGUCAGAAGUACCGGUGCUUUUGCGAACCAGGCUAUACCGGCGACCAGUGUGAGUUAGAAUAUAACGAAUGUGAGUCGUCGCCUUGUGCGAACGGUGGCACCUGUACUGACCGCGUCAGUGCCUUUGAAUGCUCGUGCGGACGCGGUUAUACUGGAAACACUUGUCAGACAAAGGUGGAUCUGUGUAAACCUAACCCUUGCUCGGAGCACCGUUACUGUUUGGACCAUGGAAACAGCUACACUUGUGAAUGUCCUAGCGGUUUUGUGGGCGAGGACUGCAAUAGUGUAGCAACUGUUUGUGACAAUAAUCCUUGCGCCCACGGUGGAACAUGCUGGAGUGGAGUCGACUCUUUUUACUGCUCAUGCAGGCCGGGAUACACCGGGAGGAUUUGUGAAGAGGAUUUUAUCCUUGAAUCGGUGAUAGACGGCGAAAGUGAGUCCAGUGCUGAAUCUCGUGGAGGUGGUUCCGUACGUGAGAUGCGUCUUCCGCUCGGCCUAUACCACGACCGCCUGCAUAACGUUUACAUUGCAGCCGGGACCCUAGGCGCUGCGAUUGCCAUCGUCGGGGUUGUGGUGACGGCAUGCCACUGCCGGGUUAACAAGACGUAUGCCCGGAUACUUUCCCGACUAUCCCGAGUGACCGAGCCUGGGCCUCCUCACCACUGGCUGCAAGACAAGCGCGCGCCCCCGGCACCGUUCCAGCCUCCAGCCGCCCUCGACACCACCGAUAUGUACUACACCCUUGACUUCAGCGACAGCCAGAGCUCUCCGCUCAUCCAAUAGCCAUCACUCAUGAACUGCUCUGAUGGGGAGCGGUUCAAAAUAGAAAUAUAAAUUCAUCUGCUGCCACCAGUAGAGUAAAGCAAAUAGUGGUACACAAAUCUCAAACUAAACUAAAUUAACAGAUAUAAAAAUAGUACUUAUAGUCCACAGAGCAAAUUUUAAAGGAUGGCACUACU